AUGCACGUCGCCAAGCUUGCUUCCAGCCUCGCAAUCCUCGCCGCAGCCUCCCAAGCUACCAUCUUAAACAGGCCAGCCAUCAAAGACUCCACCAUCCUCCGCUCAACCGUCAGCUGCGCCACCUGCCCCGACAACGACUGCUACAAGUGCACGUACGGUCUCGAAGAUCACCUACGGGCCAACACUGGUGGCCUCGCCUGGGUCCGCAGCCUCGUCGGCUUCCAGCUUCCUGAGAACGUGGACCCCUCCUACGUCACCAAAUGUACCGUUCAAUUUCCAGCCUUUACGAGGCUACCCCAGUAUGAGUUCAACUUAACUGUUGUCCCCGCCGUCUCGUCCGACUGGGAUGAGGACACCGUGAACGGGGACAAUGCUCCCGAUUCAAAUGGCGAUAUCGCCAUCGUUCCUGUCCCUGCCUUGACGAACCCGCCUCUGCUUGAUGUCACAAAUGCAUGCCAGGACGCUGAUGAGGAUGGGCAGUUCUCAAUAUACUUGGGGGCGGACUUUGGUUCCUUUGAGAUCUGGUCGAAGGAUUCUGGGAAUCCGGCUGUUUUGCGUAUUACCUUUGACGAGGAGUAG